AUGCCCCGACAGGACUCCGCGGUCAUGGUGGGGAGUCUGACCGCCCAUGGCUCCCCGAGCCCCGGCUACAACAACAACGCUGUCCCGGUGCCGGUCAUCACACAGACGGACUCCAGAGACAAAUGGAGCAAAAAGAUGGAUUUUCUCUUAUCUGUCAUUGGCUUUGCGGUGGACCUGGGCAACGUUUGGAGAUUUCCCUACAUAUGUUAUCAAAACGGUGGCGGGGCUUUCCUCAUUCCCUACAUUUUGAUGGCCAUCUUUGGUGGAAUACCGCUCUUUUACAUGGAGCUGGCGCUGGGACAGUUCCACAGAACUGGAGCCAUAUCCAUAUGGAAACACAUCUGUCCCAUUUUCAAAGGUAUAGGAUAUGCCAUUUGUAUCAUCGCUCUGUAUGUCUCCUUCUACUACAACACCAUCAUCGCCUGGGCACUCUUCUACUUCUACUCCUCUUUCUCCAGUAUUUUACCUUGGACAAACUGCGACAACGUGUGGAACACCCCUCACUGCACCAACUAUUUUACUCGGGAAAAUGUCACCUGGACAAAUUUCUCCAGGUCUCCAGCAGAGGAAUUUUACACGAGGAAUGUUCUUGAGAUCCACAAGUCUUCUGGGCUGCGUAACGUCGGCGGCGUUCGCUGGCAGCUGAUGCUUUGCCUUUUUCUGAUUUUCACCAUAGUGUACUUUAGCCUCUGGAAGGGGGUGAAAACCUCAGGCAAGGUGGUGUGGGUGACUGCCACCUUGCCCUAUGUCGUGCUGUUCAUCCUGCUAAUCCGUGGUGCCACUCUACCAGGUGCCUGGAGAGGUGUAGAGUUUUAUCUCAAACCCCAGUGGGAGAAGCUCCUGGAGACUAGUGUUUGGGUCGACGCUGCUGCUCAGAUAUUCUUCUCCCUUGGGCCGGGGUUUGGGGUGUUGCUGGCCCUCUCCAGCUACAACCCCUUCACAAACAACUGCUAUCGUGAUGCCAUUGUGACCAGUUUAGUGAACUGUCUGACCAGCUUUGUAUCGGGGUUUGUGAUCUUCACGGUGCUGGGAUACAUGGCCGAAAUGAGGAAUGUGGAGGUAGAGGAUGUUGCCAGGGAUAAAGGACCAAGUCUUCUCUUCAUCACGUACCCUGAGGCCAUCGCCAACAUGAUGGGCUCAACCUUCUUUGCCAUCAUCUUUUUUGUGAUGAUGAUCACGCUGGGCCUUGACAGCACGUUUGGUGGGCUGGAGGCGAUCAUCACCGCUGUGCUGGACGAGUAUCCGGAUCAUUUCUCUCACAGACGGGAACUGUUCGUCCUGGGCUUGGUAGUCGUCUGCUUUUUGGGCUCUCUCAGCACUCUCACAAAUGGUGGAGCCUAUGUGGUGAAGCUGCUGGAGGAAUUUGGAGUCGGAUGCUCCAUUAUUGCUGUAGGUUUCCUUGAGGCCAUUGCGGUUUCCUGGUUUUAUGGUAUCCAAAGAUUCAGCAAUGACAUUCAAGCCAUGUUGGGCAGUGCUCCUGGAUUAUUCUGGAAGGUGUGCUGGGUCGCCAUCAGUCCAGCAUUUCUUGCGUAUAUCAUAGUGAGCUCCCUGCUGAAAGCGCCUCCUCUCACGCUGUUUGACUAUAAGUACCCGGACUGGAGCAUCACAGUGGGCUACAUCAUUGGCUUCUCGUCCUUCAUGUGGAUCCCCAUCUACAUGGUCUACAAGCUGGUGUGGACCCCGGGAUCUCUCAAACAGCGUCUGGCGGUGUGUCUGCGGCCGGAGAGGACCAUGCCAGACAUCCACACAGACAACGUCAACAUGGCUCCUGUUCCAUAG